CGUCAUUCUGGUCCCUCUCUCUCCUCUCUCUCCCUCUCCCUCUUCCCCCUCUGCCACUUCCCCCUCCAUUCGUUCCCUGUGCUCCUGGAAUCGGAGUUCCUCUUGACAACUCACGACGACUGCCCUGGAAUGAGCACCCGGUCUUUUACGCUCAUUCCCCUCCUUACCCUGUAAUCGCUGAUCGACUAUCCCGCAACUGAUACGUCGGAUAUCUUGACGCCUGCGCCAGAUCCGGGGGCGAUCGGUAGCAACAACCAUGGGACACUCACGACGUCCUGCCGGCGGGGAGAAGAAGAGUCGAGGUUUCGGUCGCUCCAAGGUCGCUGAUGUCGGCGAUGGGCGCCAAGCGGGGGGCAAGCCCCAGGUCCAAAAGGCCGUGUUCGAGACCUCGAAAAAGAAGGAGAUUGGUGUUUCCGAUUUGACAUUGCUGAGCAAGAUCUCGAACGAAGCCAUCAACGAUAACUUGAAACUACGUUUUGAACAUGACGAAAUCUACACGUAUAUUGGACAUGUGCUGGUGUCCGUCAACCCUUUUCGAGACUUGGGCAUCUACACUGACAGCGUCCUCGAAUCUUACCGGGGGAAGAACCGACUGGAAACCCCGCCCCAUGUCUUCGCGGUCGCCGAAUCCUCUUACUAUAACAUGAAAUCCUAUAAAGACAACCAGUGUGUGAUUAUUUCCGGAGAGUCCGGUGCCGGAAAGACCGAGGCUGCGAAGCGGAUCAUGCAGUAUAUCGCGAGUGUAUCCGGGGGCACCGAUUCGUCCAUUCAACAAACGAAGGACAUGGUUCUCGCAACGAACCCGCUGCUGGAAUCGUUCGGUAACGCGAAGACGCUACGUAACAACAACUCGUCCCGUUUCGGAAAAUACUUGGAGUUGGAAUUCAACGCCAAUGGAGAGCCGGUCGGUGCCAACAUCACCAACUAUCUGCUGGAGAAGUCGCGAGUUGUGGGGCAGAUUACGAACGAGCGUAACUUCCACAUCUUCUAUCAGUUCACGAAAGCUGCGCCGCAGAAGUAUCGAGACAUGUUCGGUGUGCAACAACCCCAGUCCUACGUCUACACUAGCCGAUCCAAAUGUUUCGAUGUGCCCGGUGUCGACGACAAUGCCGAGUUCCGCGAUACGCUCAACGCAAUGGGAGUUAUUGGUAUGAGCGAGGCCGAGCAGGAUGAUGUCUUCCGGAUGUUGGCAGUGAUUCUGUGGAUUGGAAACCUCCAAUUUACGGAGGAUGACUCAGGCAACGCCGCCAUCGCGGACCAAUCGGUUGUCAACUUCGUCGCGUAUCUUUUGGAGGUGGAUGCGGCCGAGGUGAACAAGGCGAUGACCAUCCGCAUCAUGGAGACCGCUCGAGGAGGUCGCAGGGGCUCUGUUUACGAGGUUCCUCUGAACACCACCCAGGCCUUGGCUGUGCGUGAUGCCCUGUCGAAGGCGAUCUAUUUCAACCUUUUCGACUGGAUUGUGGAGCGUGUCAAUGCUUCUUUGACUGCGCGGGAUCCUGUGACGAACUCCAUCGGUAUUCUGGAUAUUUACGGAUUCGAGAUCUUCGAGAAGAACUCUUUCGAGCAGCUGUGUAUCAACUACGUCAACGAGAAGCUCCAGCAGAUUUUCAUUCAGUUGACGUUGAAGGCGGAGCAGGAUGAGUAUGCUCGCGAGCAAAUCCAGUGGACUCCGAUCAAAUAUUUCGACAAUAAGGUGGUGUGUUCGCUGAUCGAGGACAAGCGCCCGCCCGGUGUCUUUGCCGCCCUGAACGACGCUUGCGCAACGGCGCAUGCCGAUUCUGGUGCUGCGGACAACACCUUCGUCGGCAGACUGAACUUCCUUGGCCAGAACCCCAACUUCGAAAGCCGCCAGGGCCAGUUUAUCGUGAAGCACUACGCCGGUGAUGUCAGCUACGCGGUCGAGGGAAUGACGGAUAAAAACAAAGACCAGCUGCUCAAGGAUCUGCUGAACCUCGUUGGCCACUCGACCAACAACUUCGUUCAUACUCUUUUCCCCAACCAGGUAAACCAGGAUGACAAGAGACGCCCUCCCACCGCAAGCGACAAGAUCAAGGCUUCCGCCAACGACUUGGUGGCGACGUUGAUGAAGGCCCAGCCGUCCUAUAUUCGAACCAUCAAACCCAACGAUAACAAGGCCCCCAGGGAGUACAAUGUGGGUAACGUGCUGCACCAAAUCAAGUACCUCGGUCUUCAGGAGAACGUGCGUAUCCGACGUGCUGGUUUCGCCUACCGUCAAACUUUCGACAAAUUUGUGGAACGUUUCUAUCUGCUCUCGCCCAAGACGUCAUAUGCUGGUGACUACACAUGGACGGGCGACUCCGAAUCCGGUGCGCGCCAGAUCUUGAAGGAUACCAGUAUUCCGGCCGAAGAAUUCCAGAUGGGUCUCACGAAGGUCUUCGUCAAAACCCCGGAGACGCUGUUCGCGCUGGAGGCCAUGCGUGAUCGGUACUGGCACAACAUGGCUAUCAGAAUUCAACGCGCUUGGCGCAACUACCUCCGCUACCGCAUUGAGUGUGCGAUCCGUAUCCAACGUUUCUGGCGCCGCACUACUGGUGGUCUUGAGUUGAUCAAGGUGCGUGAUAAGGGUCACCAGAUUCUCCAGGGCCAGAAGGAACGUCGGCGGAUGAGUUUGCUCGGAUCCCGACGAUUCCUCGGCGAUUACCUGGGGGUGGACAGCAAGGGUGGCCCUGGUGAGAUGAUCCGCGACGGUGCAGGCAUUAGCGGAGGUGAAAACGUGCUCUUCUCUUGCCGUGGUGAAGUUCUGGUGUCCAAGUUCGGCCGCUCGAGCAAGCCCUCUCCGCGAAUCUUGAUUUUGACGAGUCGACAUGUAUAUAUUGUAGCGCAAACUAUUGUCAACAAUCAGUUGACCAUCUCGUCCGAACGAACGGUACCAAUUGGGGCCAUCAAAUCCGUCAGCACAUCAAACCUGAAGGACGAUUGGUUCUCUCUUGUCAUUGGUGCCCAGGAGCCCGACCCUCUCGUGAAUUGUGUCUUCAAGACAGAGUUCUUCACCCAUCUUUCCACCGCUCUGCGUGGACAAUUGAACUUGAAGAUCGCCGACCACAUCGAGUACAACAAGAAACCCGGAAAGCUGGCCACUGUGAAGGUUGUCAAGGACCCGGCUGCUUCGAAUGUGGACAGCUACAAGAGCAGCACGAUUCACACCAGUGCUGGAGAACCUGCCAGCUCAGUUUCCAAACCGACUCCCCGAGCUAAGCAAGUUGCCGCGCGACCCGUCACUACCGGCAAAUUGCUUCGUCCAGGAGGUCCUGGUGGGGGUCCUUCGAAGUUGGCUUCUCGACCUGUACCUCCGCGUCAGCCCCUGCCUCAAGCCAGCCCACAGCCGGCCGCUGUGCAACCACCGCCACCGGCUCCCCAACCGGCUGCCGCUCAACCUGCGCCCCCACCAGCGCCUAGACCUGUUCCGCAGCCUGUCGCAUCCGUUGCCGCUUCUCAUACACGAAACGCGUCUUCUGGAUCCAUGAGAGCUCCACCCCCACCUCCGCCUUCGAGUCCUCCGGCGCAAAGGAAACCGACUGCCAAGGUUCUGUAUGACUUUAGCAGCGCCCAGACCAACGAGCUCUCUAUCAAGGCUGGUGAGAUCGUGCAGAUUGUGUCUAAGGAGGGCAAUGGUUGGUGGCUGUGUAUGAACACGGCGACAUCCGUGCAGGGCUGGACUCCUGAAGCCUACCUGGAAGAGCAAGCUGCUCCGGCACCCAAGCCUACUCCUCCACCUCCCCCACCUGUGGCACCUCGAGCUAGCCCCGUCCCCUCGACCAACGGAGCUGUUGCCGCUGCCAAGGCUAAGCCGGCGCCUCCAGCACCUCCUGCCAAGCGGCCCAACAUGGCGGGCAAGAGGACGGCGCCUGCUCCGCCACCGGCACCUCGCGACAGUGCCGUGAGCAUGCAAUCCCAGGACUCGUCCGGUGGCAGUGGACGUGCCACACCUAACAGCGCGUCCAACGCCAGUCUGGCCGGUGGUCUUGCCGAGGCACUGAGGGCAAGACAGAACGCGAUGCAAGGGAAGCACCAGCAAGAUGAUGAUGAUGACUGGUGAUUGCCUUUUUUACUCUUUCUCUUCUCUUUUCUUUUCUCCUUUUCUUCCUUUCUGAUUUAGCACAUUUCCCUUGACUUUACUCAUUCCAUUGGCUUUAUGUUUGCUCAGCUUAGAGUGUCUUCCGUUUAUUGAGUGUUUCCGGUCUACCUGAUACCAACCCCCAAAAAGUGGACCUACAUUGCUUGGCGCUGGCAUACCCUCGGUGGAUGUUAACAUUGUUGAAUUUGUAGGUAGAGAUGUUUGGUAUAAAUAGAGUUUGAUAUACUAUACGAUAUGCUUGAGCUGUUGG